AUGUGCAGCACCCUCUGCAGCGACGGCAGCGGCAGCAGCGACCGCGCGCUCGGCCCGCCGGAGGGGCCGCCGUGCUGCCCGCAGGAGCCCACGGCGCGGAAGAUGCCGCUGGUGAACGUGAGCCGGUGCGAGGCGCUGAGCUCGCUCGCUUGGGACUUCCGGUUCAACCGUGACUUCGGCGACAAGGUGCGGGCGUUGGAGGCGAUGGGCUACCGCGGCUGGCGGCGGAUCCGCGGCGACGGCAAUUGCUUCUACCGCGCGGUGGGCUUCGGGCUGCUGCAGCUGCUCGCCGCGCAGGAGGGCGCGCGGCGCGCGGCCUGGGGAGCGCAGGUCUGCCACAACCUGGGGGCGGUCCGCUUCGAGGACGCCGCGUGUCCAACAGGAAGGCCACGAGGGCCUGCUCGCCCGCGUCCGGCGCCUCGCGGCGGGCGGCACGUGGGACGACGGCGCCGGCGCGGGCGAGGAGGAGGAGGCCGCGCAGGUGACGGUGCCGGUGGCGACGGCGCUGCGCCGGAGCAUGGGCCACCCAGGCAGCGCCCUGGACCUUGCCCUGGUGCGCGCACUGCGCCACGUGGCCGCCGCGUGCCUGCGCAAGCUGGCCCACGACGAGGAGAGGCGAGCGCGGGCAUCUCGUACGAGGUCGUCUGCCUGGCGCAGGGGUACGGGGGCGUGGAGGACUUCUGCCGGCGCGUGGUCCUGCCCAUGGGCACGGAGGCGGAGGGCGUGGUCCUCGGCGCGCUGCCCGCGGCCCUGGGCGUCGGGCUCCGGGUCGUGCUCCUCGACCGCCGCGGCUCGAAGGACGUCCCCCUCUGCGACUACAACAUGCCCGCGGGCGCCCCGGAGAGCGGGGCCGUGGCGGCGCCGGUGGUGCACCUGCAGCUCCGGCCUGGGCACUACGACCUGCUCUAUUUUGGGGAGGAGUGCGCCGACGGCGCGGAGGUGCAGUCGGAGGAGGGGGAGGGGGAGGAGGAUCGAAGAUGA